AUGAAUCUACCGACCUGGCAGGACCUCUGCCACAGUCGGUCGAUCUGGAGACUAACAGUGAACACUAAGACAGCCAUCCAUGAGGCCAACCGCAUCGGAGCCGCUAAAGCCGGAAACGCGACUCGCAAGUUUCAGCUGCUGUAAGUUCACAGCCCCAACUCGCAGUACCUUUCAACGAGUCCAUGUUUUCAACGGAUAUUACGCCCUCCGACCGCCGACGCACUUAUUCCACGUCCAUCAUCACUGCUCCAUGUCCUUAGCGAUGAUGACAACGGCGGCUAUCGCUAUUUCCAUCCCGACCACCGUAAGUACACUCCCGAUGCCUUGCAACCCCUCAUCACCGCAACCACCACCAGCAACGCGGAUUCGAUACGCGACUUUCCCGCUUGUAAUCGCACCUUCACGUCAUGCAUCGGUCUGAUUUGUCACUUACAAAUCCAUCACACCGAGACUGCCGAACCAGUGCCCGAAACAACCGAAUAUACCCGCAGGACCCGUCUCAGCUGCCUCCACUACCCACUCAUAUUCAGUCGACGCAUUGGUCUACCCGGACUCAUACACGCUGAGGACAGCUGA